AAGCUGGUAUUUAAUACAUAUAACCUUUAAUUUUAUGUAACUAUUUAUUUAAAUACAUGGAAAAUCAUUUCAAAACAUUUAGUAAUAUAAAAUUAAAUGAAUCAUGUCUGUGUUUUUAUCAAGAAUUGUGUUUAGAGCCGCCCGGAACAUAAAUUCAAAAUGUUUUUCCAUAAAUUCUGUGGCAGAUGUUCUGCAUACGAAACGACCAUUUUUAUGUGCUAAUAAUGAUUUAUUUUCAACUACCCGGCAUUUAAUACUUAGGAAUAUUACCACAGAGGCAAUGCAGCCUGUAACCACUUUAGAAAACUCGAGUAUUUCUCUAAAAAAGAAAACCCUACAUAAGAAGACUGAUCUACGCGAUUUACAAGUGAAGGAGGGACAUUACUUGACUUUGGCGUACGCGACGGCCAAUUCGUACGAUCUAAAGAGUCUCAAAGAAGCACUGCUGCACCAGAAGCUGUACGAACCGGGAACACUAAAUGGCCAUGAGAUGGCGGAUGUGGUGGUAGCAAAAGCAGUGUACAGUUUAGGCUCGGAGAGACGGGAGAUCAUGUUUUUCAGAGAUGGUGCUGUAGUCUUCUGGAACUGCACAGAGCUGGAGGCCAGCAAUGUGCUGGAUUUCGUUAAGAUGUUUGAAAUAGAAAGCUAUCCAAGAGAAGUAGUGGAAAGGGAAAAAGAAGUUAUGUCUUAUGUUUACCAACCACAUGCCAAAAACUGUUCCUUACAAGAAUCGUGUUUCGUACUAGUUCCCGAUUGUGACAAUUCCUUGGAGAGGUAUACAUUCAGCCACGCCAUGGUCCAGUCGGCCCGCUUGGGCGCGUUGGAGGCUCGGCUGGAGGCGCUGGCGGCCUCGGUGCGGGGCCACACGGCCCUCAUGGAGCGCGAGGGCGCUGUGCACGUCGACAAGAAGGAGGUGGUGCGCAAGUUAGGCGAGCUAUUCUCUCUCCGUCACCGGCUGAAUGUGGAAUCAGACAUGCUGGACACGCCAGACUUUUACUGGGAAGAGGAGCGGCUCGAACGACUUUACUCCAAUACUGUCGCUUACUUCACUAUACCUAGAAGGACAAGGGUACUAAACGAGCGGCUGUCUCACUGCGUGGAACUGCUCGAGCUCCUGUCGUCGUGGGCAGCGGACAGGCACCACGUGCGCCUCGAGUGGAUGGUGAUCGCGCUCAUUCUCGCGGAGGUCUGCUUCGAGCUGCUGCACUUCUUCGAGAGAGGACAUCGUGAAAUCUGCAAACAUCAGCAAGGCAAUUUAAUGAUGUGUGUGAAGUCCACCAAGAUCUCUCAUUGUGAGAAGGCCUGUGUCCAGGUAAGACUCUAAAUAGGCUAACUAUCAUAAAGAAUAUAAAUAAAAGUCACAUAAUUCUCUAUCCUGUCUGUCGUAACUGGAUUUCGAAAAUUUUUCAUGGCUGCGUAUUUUCGGUUUUAAUUUUCACAUCAUGAGGUCGUGUGAAAUUGAUUCUUUUAAUGAGUUAUAUUCGUGUAUAAAAAGUUAACAUAUACACGUAUGUCGUACAUAGUUUCGACAAGUGUCACAUAAGAAAGGAAGGAGGGAGGCGACUUAAUAUGUUGGUUGAUUUUGUAGAUUGGUUAAUGAUAGGUUGGAAUUAAAAUUGAACAGAAAUCAACCUUCGAACAAGCGUGUAAUAGUUUUUACACAUUUUUUUAUCAGGCUGUAAUGUUUCAUCAUCUAUUAUAAACAU